AUGGAAGACAGCUCAACCCAAACCAGAGGCCCCAACGAAGAAGUAAUCGAUACAGAGAGCGAAGAAAGUGAAACCUUCAAAGAUUUAACGGAACCAGAAGGUCCAAAAGAGAAGUAUAAAGACUUGCUCUCACACGUACCAGACACGGCCGCGGUAGACGACCUAGUCGUUACCCUUUCAUCUCAAACAGAGAUCCAGGCGGACGACCAUCCAACUUCAACAGUAACCCAAACGCUCUUGUCCGUACCAACACCCAAGUCGGACAGAUUAAUCUUGUGGGACAAGAUAGCAGAAGCGGUCGCAGCGAACGACAAAGAAAACGCAGAUUUCUUCAUCCGACUGUACUCACAAUUAGGAGAUUCCAACGCCGCGGAUAAACCAACCAGGAUCUCUUCCAAACACUUCGAUGUCGGCUUCACACCUUACUUCGACAAGAACAUCAAAGAGCUACGUGGCCCAAUUCCUUUGACUAUCUUCGACAAGAGGUGGCAAGAGGAUGCCAUCCAAUUCCACACGAACAAACGCUCCAAAGGAGAUGAGAAAGACGGUAAUUAUACCGGUUUUGAGUACCCUAACGAGUGGACGCAAUCCUUCGCAAAGUGGACCGCCAACCACAGAAACUUCCACGUCACUUUCAGGGACAUGUACAACUACCCUGAAUUUGCAGAUUGGAUCCUAGAACACAAGUCUAACGUCGACCGAAUAAUCGCCGAAGACGGUUUCCGCUACGACUUGAUUGUCCGACAAAACGCCUUCUCAUACCAAGUAGAAAUGGAUCAAGGGACAUCGGCAGUAGAUAUAUCGAUCUUUAGGAAGGAAGUAAAAAGGGAAGCUUGGAAGGUCACCAGAAACCUAGAAGAACUAGACUAUUCUGAUAACCCCUAUGCGCUAGGAGGACCCAAAUUCAAUUUCGACCCGCAGACCGGCAAGCCGAGAGUCCCCAAAGGGAAGAACUUGGAAGACAUGACCCAUGGAGGGGAUAAUCGAUACCCCCCUAAAGGUAGAGGCGGGUUUAGACAAGGACGAGGUUCGGACAGAUUCCAGCAAGACCGUCGAAACUCAGAUUACGGCACGUACCGCGAUGAAUCUUACGGGUACGAGUACGGUGGGGGCAUGAAAAGACAAAGAGAAGUCCACCCUAGCGAUGAUAACCCACACGGGAGAUUCGAAUCAUCGUCGACCCGCGGGGGCUACUCCAAAGAAAGAUCUAAUUUUGGUAGAGAUCGGUCAUUCAAAGGAGCCGGCAAAAUGGACACGCCAAAAGGCAAAGAAAAAGACAUGUCGUAG